AUGAACACAUACAACUUUGAUUUUUCGAAAUCCUUAGAAAAUAGUAAUGCAGGGUGUUCUCUGCAUGAUGAUCAAACACUGUUAUUCAGUCAAUGUAAUGGGCUCACAUUGAAAAAGUUAUUAGCAGAUUAUUGUCUUGGAGACUCAAACCUUACUUCUUAUUGCUUAUGAGACUCAGCAGGCUCACUAAAUGAUACGAGCAAAAUUUGAAAAGCUCAGUAUCAAAGUUUUGAAGAGAGACAACCAUCUGUAAUAAAAUUAAGCUCAGGAGGCACAUCAAGUACAGUAAGAUCCAGAAGUGGUAGCACAAUUUAUCUCCAUAGAAAGCUUGCACAACUGUACUACCAUUUGAACAACAUCAGUGAUCCUUCAAGACCCUUCGUAUGCGGAAAAUCUAAGACAAACUCCCACGUUCCUAGAGUCAGCUCCAGAAGGUCUCGUUACACUGGAGUGUUCAAGAACGGUUUGAAAUGGCAGGCCUUCAUCAAUAUCCGCAACAAGAAGACCUACAUAAGUACUUACUCGACACAAGAAGAGGCAGCGAGAGCCUUCGACCUAAUGUCUCUGCUGCUAAACAGAAAGAAGGCAGUGACGAACUACGACUACUACCAAAGAGACAUCCAAAUGCUGCUGAACGAAUACUCGGACAUAUUGGAUAAAUUUUGUUCAUAA